GAACUAUAAAGAAAAUUAAACAUCUUGUGUAGUGUAUGAGAUGGUUUGUUUUUUUUCCAUACAAGACUCAUUAUGAUGAGAUAAUCCAAAUUGCACUAACCCAGUACAUCUCUUCCCUUUAGGUUAUCUACCGAAAGGGACAAUGCAAUAGCAUGGUCUGUGUCUUCAAUCUCUGACCAGGGGUCCUGGAAUGUAAAAGAGGGUUAGGGAACUGACAAUAUGAUUAGGCACACUAGUUAAGAUCCCAAUCAAUUAAUCUAUUCAACACUUGCAAUGUGUACCCCUGAAGUUGAUGGAUGAUUUUCCUCUUUGUGUGCAUCAUAACGGAGAUCAUAUUGUCCUUCCGAAACCUUGUGAUUAGAGCCUUUAAAGAUUUUGCUCAGCCAACCCAUUUUUUUAAUAAUAAAUUACCGUCUCAUGAUCACAUAUAACUUAACCUGCAAACUAUGGAGCAUAAGGCACCAUUUUCCAAAUCCAGGAACACCCAUGAAAACCAUCUUUAAGAAUGGAAUUUUGUAUUUUACCCUUUGAAACUUUUCAAACUUGUGAGUUCCGGAUCAAUUUCGUGUUGGUACUACAGAUCAAAACCACAAGCCUAACAAGCAGAAUGAAACCAAAAGUGAAUUCAAAUAAGAAGCAGCAGUAUAACACACCAAAACACAAAGCCAUCAAUGAACAAAGGGUACAAAUUUUAAAAAGUGCGGAGUAGAUAGCAAUUCUCAGAAGAACAAUGGGGACCAAAUUCAAUUACAAAAAGCUAAAUGUCAUGUUAUUGUGUUCAAGGUUUACUUCCCUCAAAGAGAAGAUUAUACAGCAAAUGAGAACACCGAUCAGAGGAAGAAAUGUAAGGGCUGACCCAAGAAAGAUUCUCUGGUGGCCUUUAAGCUUUGCAAUCCAGAAAAGGACUUACCCAAGAAACGAGUACUGUAAAAUUUGAAUCUUUUCUGAACCAGAAAGGAAUCUUUAUCUUCUUCUCCAAACCCAAACCAAGAAUUUUUAAUCUGGAGGCAAUCUCUUUCAGGAACCAAACAAAUUGCGAAAAAAUGCCGGUCGGAUAAAUGUGAUUUGGAUUAUACGCAAAACCCCAAUUUGAAGUCAACCAAAGACAAUACUCCGUCUGAAAUUCUCCUGGUACAAAUCACACGCUUUUAUCAGUUCCAAAGCAUACAGGUCUGUCUCAUUUACUGAUUGCCCGCCGCUCCUCUCUCAUCCGUUCCUCCAUUCCAAUAAUUCCAAUCACUUCUCCAGUCCUCGCCGCCGGCCGCCGUUGUCUUCGUUUUCCUGGACCUUAACUCCACGCACCGUUGAACAUCCAGGCUGCGAAGAUUAUUACAAUCCAAAAAUCCACAUCAUUACUCAAAAAAGGACCAAAUUGGCUCAUGGUUUCUCUCACGGGGACCAAAAUGAGUAUUAACUAGGAAAUAUUUACUCGUAUCACCUUGGAGUUGGAGGAUUGGUGAGUAAGCCUUCAAGUAGCCAAGAAGAUUUUCUGUUCAAAAUCUGUACGAUUUUGCCAAUAAUAAAAGACCAAGUCAUGUGCUCUAUCUUUCAACUCUAAGAAACUUUUUUCAAUGUCCCCCUUUAUGCUCUGAAACAAAUGGCUUCAACACUGCACCAUAUAUAAGAAUAUAAUUGGUUUUCAAUUGAUCUCCAAAGAUUCAUGCUAUAUGUAAUCUUUAAUUUUAUGGGGCACUAUUUGGCGAGAGCCUAUAUGAGCUAGGUGCACGUGACAAAUGUUCAUUUUGAAUCAACGUAGUGUUCAUUUUGAAGCAACAUAAUGUUCAUUUUCACACAUUUGUUCAUUACAAUUAUAAUAUUUAUUUACGAACAACGUAGUGUUCAUUCCAAGACUGUUCAUUAACGUAAUGUUCAUUUUCAAACGACAUAGUGUUCACUCUGAAAUAUUUUUAAAUACAUGUUUGCCAUGAUGUACGCUCUAGCAUAUAAUUUUUCCUAUUUUGCUUAAUGUUUGACAUGUUUCCCCUGGAUUCAAAUUUUCACUAAUGUUACCCCAUGACCUCAAGUUCCCGGCCAAUGUUCAUAUAUUUCAACAUGUUAUUGACUCAUUUGUGUUGUUUAUAUGGUUCAUCAGCUUUACUUUGUGCAGUGUAUCUCCUCUUUAUUACUCCCUCUGUUUGAAAAAAUAGUUGCGCCUUCAUUUUUGCACAUCCCACAAAAGACUUAUACUCCCGCCUAAAAUGUCUAAAGUACACCUCAUUUCUUCUUUAUUGCGGGUAGAAGUUAUUUUGGGGGUAUUUUACACCUUUUAGGUGGAGAAUAAGUGUUUUGUGGGAUGCGCAGAAAAUGUAGGUGGAAAUGUUUCUUUAGAAGUGCUUUAAAUGUUUGAAUUUGCAGGUUCGAGUAUGGUCGUGGCGAAGAGGUAUGUGUUGAGGUUGUUCAUAUCUUUGAAGUACAUAACUGCGAAUGUGGUAGACAGGAACAACGGUAGGGUGGUUGCAAUGGCAUCCAGCGUUGAACAGUCGCUGAAGAAGUCGUUUGAGUGUGGGAGGAGCUGCAACGCCAAGGCGGCUGCAGUUGUGGGAGAGGUGUUGGCGAGGCGGCUCAAGGUGGAGGGCAUUGAUCAAGGCGGCGGCGGAGGCGGCGGCGGUGGGGGAAGUGGAAUCCAUGUCAAUGUGAACAAGGAGCUUGAGAAGAAGGGUUUCAAGAACCACACCAAGAUCUGGGCUAUAGUCAAUGCCCUUAAGAACAAUGGAGUUAAACUUGUUUUGGAUGAUGCUGUUGAUCCCAAACCUUCUGGCCCCAGCCACUAAUCAUCUCUUAUAUGUGAUGCUUCCUAGAUUGAUGUACAGUAUGGUGGCCAGUUUAAGAAGAAUGUUUAACCCUUCAAAAAAAGAAGUGUAUUUAAAAUUUAUGUAUAACAAGUACUCCAUAGAUGAUUAAUAAAAGAUCAUGAGACAU